CCGCCAAGGGUUCCGUAAUCCGCUUCUCCCCGCUCGAGACAGCACGAGACGGCGAUGGCGUUCUCCUCCUCCUUCGCCCCCUCGGGAGCCUUCUACCACGACCCCUCCUCCCUUCCCGCAUCUCUUGGCACCCCCCGCAUCGGCUCCGUCGAGGUCAGGGCUUUAGCGUUCCGAUCCAACCCCAACCCCGCUCUCGCUUCUUCCCCGAAAGAAGCCGCCUUUUUGGCCGCUUUUUUAGCUCGAGGCGAUGGGGGUUUCGCCCAGACGAGGAAAUGGAGUUGCUUUGCGGGCCUUGAUGGUGAUAAUGGUGCCGGCGAUGACGGAGGAUCCGGCGAUCGAGCUGGCGGCGGAGGUGGCGGAGACGAAGGCGACGGUGAGGACGGUAGCGACGAGGCCGAGUUCGGCCCGGUGAUGAAGUUCGAGGAGGUGAUCCGGGAGACGGAGGCGCGUGGCGCGAGCCUGCCACCUGAUCUGUUGGAGGCGGCCAAGAGCAUUGGGAUUCGCAGGGUUCUUCUCUCGAGAUAUUUGGAUUUGCAGGUGUCAUGGUGGCCGCUUGGUGUUGCCAUCAGGCAUUGUUCGUUGCUUCGGAAUCGGAUGCUUGCCGACCCAUCGUUCCUUUUUAAAGUGGCAACGGAGAUAGUUAUUGAUUCUUGUUGUGCGACGUUCGCGGAGGUUCAAAAGAGGGGAAAGGAUUUUUGGACGGAGUUUGAAUUGUACGCUGCAGAUCUUCUGGUCGGGAUAGUUGUCGACAUUGCUCUAGUGGGUUUAUUGGCUCCCUAUGUAAGAAUUGGACGGCCAUCUGUGUCAGCAUCUACUGGGUUUUGGGGAAGCCUCAAGCGUGGUUUUGAAGCUUUGCCUAGUAGUGUUUUUGAAGCUGAAAGACCAGGCUGCAAAUUUACUAUUCGGCAACGGAUUGGGACAUACUUUUACAAGGGAGUUCUAUAUGGAUCAGUUGGAUUUGUUUGUGGUAUUGUAGGCCAAGGCAUUGCCAACCUAAUAAUGACUGCUAAGCGGAGUGUAAGGAAAUCUGAUGAAGAUAUACCUGUUCCACCACUUGUUAAAAGUGCUGUUCUUUGGGGUGUCUUUCUAGCAGUAUCUUCUAAUACUCGCUAUCAGAUUAUUAAUGGCCUAGAGUGUGUGGUUGAGGCAUCACCAUUUGCCAAACGCAUCCCACCUGUUGCUAUGGCUUUCACAGUUGGAGUUCGUUUUGCCAACAACAUCUAUGGGGGUAUGCAGUUUGUGGACUGGGCUCGAUGGAGUGGCGUUCAAUGAGGGUAUAGAAAGACUCUAUUAUUGGAAACCCUGCAGUGUUAUUACUAAAGCGAUAUUAUCACAUUGCUUUUGUUGAUGAUGUUUUCCAGUGCCAUGCAGCGAUUGGCAUCAGGUCACAGGGUAGUUCAACAAAGAGAAGUUUGUUAUCUGAGUGAGGGAACUGAGAAAUUGCUGCUUCUUUAUCAUCUUGUUCUUGCAUUUCAAUCAUUGGAUGGCUGAUGUCCCAUUAAUAUUAUCUUAUUGUAAGAUUAUUCUUUCAACCAGGUUCUAGGAUGUUAGAUUUUUCUUGAAUUCAAAAUUUUCAUUGGAGCCGCUCACAGGACAUCAGCAAACAGGAUGUAAAUUAUAUAACUUGUUCCUGUAGAAUCACACAGACACCUCAUCCAUGAAGAACACGAGGCUAGAUUGGUUUUUUA